UGCAAGGCUCGUUUGAUGGUGGUAGUUAUUUUAGUGCUUCCGCGCCAAGGCUUGCUUCUACUCUCUACUUCUCCUUUGCUUUUGCUUUUUAAAUUGCUAUUUCAAGUACUAUGCCAAGUGUUUUGAACAUUGGUUAACUUCUGACAAAGAUACUAUUUCCUUAAAUUGUAUCCUUGUUUAAAGAAGAAAAACAAACUGCAGGGCCGAAACAAGGAAUUUGCGUGCGAACACUUUCACUUUUCUAACUACGAUCACUCAAUAUGGCCGGAGCGACAGCUGCGCUGAACAACGAGGACCUUUCUCCUACCCUCAAUACCUCUGAAAUGUCAAGGUACGAUAAGAAAAUCAUCGACGAAGGAGUUUCCCUCACACUUGACUAUAUUUCUUUCCGGCUAAGGAGCAAAUUUGAACAGAGCAGACUUAAAGGUUUACCUCGACAGUUUCUUAUUCCUCAGACGCCAACAAACCCAUCAGCGAGUACUCUACGAAAACUGGCAACUCUUAUGGAGGCAGAACACCCUGAUUUGUUCGAAUCAUUGUGCACAACGUUAGGAAUUACACCAGUUACAGCUUAUCCUACGUUUGUCGGUGUGGCGCAAGAGAUUUUUCAAGCAGGAACAAACUGGGGCAGAAUAGUGGCGUUGUUCACGUUCGGAGGCGUAGUGGCUCAUCAUUUCGUGGAAACACAACGACCAGAAAUGGCUCAACACAUCGUGGAAUGGAUCGCCUCAUUUAUAGCCGAUAACUUAUUAACGUGGAUCAGAGAAAAUGGAGGAUGGGACGGCUUUACUGCUCACUUUUCAGAAUCUUCGCAGUCACAAACCAUGUGGAAAAGUUUGUUCACAGUGGGAAGUAUCUGUGCCGCUGGCUUAACUCUUCUGGCCUUAAACAAGUGAAAAUAUUGUCAGCUCCUUUUGCGCACUUGCCUGUUUUCACACUUUCAUUGUAUCUGCAUUGUGACCAAGACUAUGCAUUUACUACUUGUUAGAUGGUUGUCACCCCUUGUUGAUUAAAUAUGUCGAAUUUGACUCCUCAUAGCAUUACAUUUUGUGUUAUUGAGUGCACUUUGUAUGUUUUCGUAUCAUCUUUGCUUCACUGUAAGCUAAUUAAUAACAGAAUCAUUUUGAAAUCAACAAAUUGAUGUUUAAUGUGUAAAAAGAAAAAUUGUGUUAUUGUAUAAUGUUUGUGUAAUAUUGGUAACAUCGUAGUUACCCCUUUACUGGCCUUUUUUCCCUUCAAGUUGUGGUCAUUCCGCUUUGAAAUCUGUAGCAUGAGCAGUCACAAUGUGGAUACAAGACAAUCAUGUCUCUUGGUAAACAUGUGCACAUCUUCAUAUUCUUAUCUCAAAGCUUACUUCCUUCGGAUAUGAAAGAAGUGAUGACGUGAAUGGUGCAAGUAUUGUUCUAGUUGUUGCAGAUGUUGGUGUUAGCUUUCUAAUUAUUUAGAAGGUUCAGCAACAGAUUCAUGUACAGUAACUGUGAACAGUGAAAGUGGAUUUUCAUGUUGAAAGCCUUGUUUGCAAUAUUUGCUGAAUCUUUCAAAGCUUACAGGCUAGUUUUCUGCAUUUAUGCUCCUUCAAAGCUUACCUUCCUCUUAAAAACAAUGUUCGAAGAAGAAUAUCCACAGGGCACACGAGACUACAUUGUGUAGGGACGUAACCAUUCCCAAAUCAUCUACUCAUCGUUAGUCAGUGCAGCAACCCUGGCUGGCUAGGGGUAUCGUCGCAGGUUGAAGAGAGUACAUGAUUUGUGUCAGGACGAAAGAACGUGAUGUGUGAAAUAUCGGACUACUACUGGUGUAAAAAGCUGUCUUUUUGUAUCCCACACUAGUUUGUGAACAGUGCAGUGGAUUUACACUGUAGAAGGGAAGCACGUGUCCAUGUUGAGUUCAUUGUUGCAUAUUGCUUGUAAAGUUCACUUGUCUUAUCCUUGGACUUGUGUUUUCCAGCCAUGGCUGAGAUGUACUAUACAUUCAAAUAAUGCCAUCAUAUUCCAAGGAUAUUUGCUAAUGCAAGUUGACAAUACUAGUUUUCCUGCCCAAAAGGAGAGACCAACGUAGCUCAAGUUGCAAUCCCUGAAUGGUCAUCAAGCUUUACUACAACUGCUAUCGAUCUAUUGGCGCCGUUCAGUUACUACUACCAAAGAAAGGGAAUAUAUCUUGCGUUCAAUGAGUGUGAAAUUGAGUGUUUAUCUACAGGAAGUCAUAUUAAUCUAGGCUGUGUUUGACUAUAUACUGUUUGUUUAGUUGAAAGCAGAUCGAUUCUUGGGCACAUUUGAAGCUUGUAUUAUUGCCUUAAAGAUGUUCCCAGAAUAGCAGAAACAGGGCUACUGUGUUUUAAGUCAGAGUCACUUAUACAAAUGAUCUCACUUACAGUUGUGUGUACUCCUUAUCAGCAGGGUUGUACCAAGGUUUAUAGAAAUGAGAAGUGCAGGGAAGUGUUCAGGUGGCAAAGAAUCUUUGUUUCCUGACCCCUUUUGGAAAUAGUUUUAGCAGCUGGUUUGUAUUGGGCAGUUCUAUCAUCUUUCAAGAAAAUAAGCCAUGUAAUAACCCUGUUGAUAAAGCAGUCAGUGUUAAGGUUCUCAUAACCUUUUUGAGGAAGAUCAUCUUGUAUCUAUUUUGUACCAAAAUGUAGCCUCUGUUGUGUGAGAGAAUCUUUUCUUAGCUGCAGCUGCAUUCUAUAUCAACACUUGUUGUCCAUGCCUCUUUACUUGCAUGCUUGGAGCUUGGACUUUGAACAGCAUUUAUAAUGCAAGGAAGCCUGUAAACACUGAAACAUCCUUCCAUGUAAAGGUUGUUUUUGAAAAAUAAAAAUAAAAAGACAAGCACAAGU